AUGGUUCAGAGGGUCACGGAGAUUCAGGAGGGUGAGAGAAGGGAGCGUGAGAACGAAGAGACCAAGCUGGCAGCUGCAGCCGACAAGUACGUCGGAGACUCGGUCCCGGCAACUUGCAUUGAAGUCUCCGUCGUGGCUGUUCGGCGAGGUUGGAAGGAUCUGGAGAAGCAGGCGGAUGACAUGUUCAACGCAAGGCUCGAGGAGUCUUCGAAGGCGGCAGAGCAGUCCGAUCCAGAUGAAGCAAUCCUGGGCUAUCGCGACCUGCUUUUGGCGCUGGGUCGUGCUCAAGAACUGAAUAGCCCCCAGAAGCAACCGCUGCGGUCUCUGCUGGACCAGCUCCUCAGCACCGCCAGCUCCGAAAGAGACGGCAUUCGCCUGCUGGAUCAGUACGACUGGUCUUCGGACAAUCCGGCCUUCCAGGAGUCCAUAGAGAAGGCGGUGGAUGCGCUCCUCGCGGCUUGGCAGGAGCGAGGUGAAGAAGCCGCACCGAAGGAGCCUGCAAAGAUGGCAGAGAGGGCCAAGAAGGCAGGAAAAGAAGCUUGGGCUUCCAAAGCCUUGCGACUCCAGAGUCUCGACUCCGCCCUGCGAGCCGCCAAAGAUGAUCCCUCCGACGUGAUGAAGGUGAUCGAGAUCUACAAGCUGCUCCAAAGCGGGGAGGCCGCAGACUGGAUGCAGAAGCAGGUGGAGAAGAUGACUCAACGCGUCUUGGACGAAGCGAAGCAGUCAGGAGACGUGCCUUCUCUCACCGCACUGCGAGAUGCAGCGCCCAAGCAGGUGAAGAAGGAAGCCAAAGAUGUCCUGGCCCUUGUGGAGAAGCUCUCGAAGCUGCUGGACAAUCGGAACUGGGAAGGUAUCUGUGAGUUGGCCUCGUCCGCGCAACAGCGCGGCUGCAGCGGCUUGGCCAAGGAGGCCCGAAACCAUUUGCGAGGUCAUGUGGACGAGAUCAGCAGCAAGGGCGUAGUUGUCGCAGAGACGGAGCUUCUCCUGCUACACAAGGCCGCGCUGAAAGCCGGCCUUGAUGACUUCGCUUCCGACCUCGUAGAACGGCUGGGAUCAGCAAUGCCCGCGGAAUGGGCCCUGGACAAGGGCGCAAGCCUUGCAGUGCGCAAGGACAAGAUCGAGGAUGCAGUCCUCAUCGCUCGCCUGCAAGAUAUGGUCAACCACACCUUCAACUGCUGGGGAGGAGCUUUGCGGAGUGUCUUUGAGUUUUUCAGCGGCGUCGGUGGCAUGCGGCUGUCUUUCAAGGAUGCGGUGCCGGCAAGGGAGCCUUUCCCGACCUGGCGUGCCUUCGAAGUGGACGAGGCUUGCUGCCAGGCAUACUGCGAGCUUUAUGGAUCCAAGUAUCUCACUGGAGUGAAGCGAGGCGAGUUGUGGAAGAGCCAGAGGAGCUCUGACGAGCUGUGGCGAUGCUCCAUUGACAGACUCCCUGAUGAGGCCUUCGAGGGUGGAGAUCUCUGGCUUAUGAGCCCACCGUGCCAGCCCUUCACACGAACCGGAAAGCCGCUUGAAGCAAACUUGAGAAACCAGUUCGCUCUUUCGAGCUCGUGGUACAUCGGCAGAAGACACGCUCUUUUGCUCGAGAACGUCCCAGAGUUCCGCGGUUCCCGGGCCCACGAGCGUGUGGUGUCGACGCUCUCAGAGGUUGGCUACUCCACCGAGGAGCACCUGCUAAGCCCCAUCGCUUUCGGGUUUCCGAACACCCGCGAGCGGUUCUACUUGAUUGCAGUACUUGCCGGAGACUCAGCUGCGACAGCUGCAGAUCUGCUUCCUGACUUGCCCGCUCUUCCGGGCACAGCUACCGCUCGCAUUCCCGUCAGGCCUGUCGAGGCGUUCCUUGAAGAGGCAGCUCCCAGCGAGACACUGCGUGUACCAGAGAAGCUGCUGGAGCAGGCAUACCGUGAGAACUUCACUCUUGAUCUUGCAGGGAAGGGGACCAUGCUUACGAAGACCUUUACCUCGGCAUAUGGGAAGGCUGAGUACGGCGGUGCCGGCUUAAGCAAGACGGGGCCUCUGGUCAUGGAAGCUCCAGACUCUCCGGAGGACGGGAGGGCCAAGCGAUUCCAGACCCUCGAGCCGGCUAGGUGGAAGUAUGUCCGCUAUUUCUCGCCCAGAGAGGUAGCUAGCCUUAUGGGCUUUCCGGAUGCAUGGGAGCUGCCAGAAGCACUGAGCUUGCGCACGCAGUGGCGGCUAAUUGGAAACUCCAUAAACGUGUCCGUGGUUGCUGCCCUGACGCAUCGCUUGCUGGUAUGGCAUGCACGAGUGGGAGAUGUUGAAGAGGUCCUCCAUGUGGCGAACGCUGAGAACUACCUCGGCUAUUCACGGAGGCGCGAAGAGAUCCGGGCGGCGUUCGCAGCUUUGGACCCUGCCGAUAGGGCCGAAGACUUCGACAUCAAGACGCAGGCCGUGUCAAUGAAGGGAGUCAGCUUCCAUCCCGAUGAGCCCGUGGAUGCCAGCAUCAACGAAGUGUGGCUCUGGCAUGGGACAAGCAAGGAGGGUGUGCAUGGCAUCACCGACACAGAUUUCGACAUGGGCCGUAAGACUAUGCACCAGUAG